AUGAAGAGACUGGCAACCCAUUCCAUAUGGCGGCGGCCUCUUACUCCGAUCUUGCGCUACAGAGCACCCCAAUUCUUCCGCUCUGCUAGCUCUGAUACCACGACCAGCCUCCCGCCGGCGCUCCUCCAGCGCGCCCGUAACCUAGCAUCCGAACACGACCGGCUAUCCAAAUCCCUCUCCGACUCCUUCGACACCAAGACUGCCCGGCGCGUAGGCGAGCUCUCCAACGUCGCCACGGCCCUCCAAGAAUUCGAUGAAGCGCAAGACUCCCUCGCCGAGCUCCACAGCCUCCUCACCUCCCAGGAUGCCGAACUGCGCCAGCUCGCCGCCGACGAGCUCGAGCCCACGACCGAGCGCGUCGAGGCCCUCGUGCACAAACUCACGGCAGCGCUAACGCCGAAGCACCCCUUCGCCGACAUGCCGUGCCUCCUCGAGUUCCGCCCCGGCCCGGGAGGUCUUGAAGGGCGGUUCUUCACGGAUACCCUCUUCCGCAUGUACAAGCAGUAUCUUUCGCGGCACGGCUUCCGCGUCCGCAUCGUCAAGUACGAAAUCGCCGACUCGGCCGGUGAUUCUACCGGCGCCGCUGGAGAGAACCCUGUGCAGGAGGCCGUGCUCGAGGUCGAGGAUGUCGGUUCUUACGAUUUGCUGCGCGGGGAGGCGGGGAUGCACCGCGUGCAGCGAAUUCCCGUUACGGAGAGCAAAGGCCGCACGCACACAUCCGCCGUGGCGUUGUGGGUUCUUCCGUCGUUCCCCGAGAGCAACGCUGAAACAGCAGACUAUGACGAUCCCGAGAGCAUCUUCUACAUUAACCCGUCCGACGUGAAGCAGGAGGUCAUGCGUGCGCGAGGUGCCGGAGGCCAGCACGUUAAUAAGACGGAGUCUGCGGUCCGCUUGACGCAUAUUCCCACGGGGACGUCGGUGAGCAUGCAGGACUCGCGGUCGCAGGUGAGGAACCGCGUGGCGGCGUGGCAGCUACUGCGGGCGAGGGUCGCGCAGCAGAGGAGGGAAGAGAGGGAAGAGAUGGCGUUUAGCUUGAGGAAUAGCGUGCUGGCCAAAGAUAAGAUUACGAGGGCGGACAAGAUUAGGACGUACAACUAUUCCCAGGACAGGUGUACGGAUCAUAGGAGCGGGUUGGAUGUACACAAUUUGCCGGAUGUACUUGAGGGCGGCGAGACGCUAGACAGGGUGAUUCAGAGUGUGCGGGAAUGGAUGGUAGCGAGAGAUAUCCGUGCCAUGAUGGCCGACGAGGAGGCAAAGGCCACAGCCGAAAACGGCAACGACAAGAAGGCGUAA